AUGGCAGAAGGAAAACUGCACUUAAAACUGAAGACUGGCAAAUGGAACUUUGCUCCCGUCCUCUCCCCAGACCGCAGCCGCCUCGCCGUCCCUUUGGCGAGCGCGCAGCCAGGGAUGUGUUACACGGCGGCGGCCCCGGCCUCCCCGCGGCUCCCCGGUGACCCGGCUCCCGGAGCAGGUCCCUGCGGACCCGCGGGCGGCCGCUCCAGGGGCCCGGAGCCCGCUCCCCACGGCUCGUGCCCGUGCCAGAUCGCGCUCCGGGCCCCGCUGCGCCCGGCCUCGCCUCAGAUGGCCCCAGACACCCGGCCCGCGCAGGGUUCCCGGGGCGGCCCUGCCUUCCCGGGGAGUCCCAGGGUCGCGGCGCACCAGGCGGGCCCUCCAGGGCGGGAGGGCUCGGCGAAAGCCGGCUCCGAGCAGGACGGCAGCACCGCGGGAGCGGGGCUGCGGCUGGGCCCCGCCGGGCCCCUCCAGGCGCCGGCAGCGACCGCGGCGGCCGGGGCCACUCCUUACCCUGCUCCGGGCCCGGGGACCGCUCGCUGCUCCCGCCGAGCCGAGCCGAGCCGGGCCGGGCCGGGCCGAGCCGAGCCCGAGCGCAGCCGAGCGGCGCCGAACCGAACCGAAGCUGAGCCGAAGCCGGGCUGGGCCGAGCGGAGCCGAGUGGAGCCGAGCCGCUGGCUGGAGCGAACAAGAUGGCGGCCACGGCCCUUCCUGCGCGCGAACGCGCCGUUCAAACCGCAGGAUGUUUACGGUCAAAUUCCCCCGACCGGCCCGGGCCCGCCACUGCGCGUGCGCGCGGCCCCGGGGCGGGGCGGAGCCGCGGCCGGGGCGGGGCACCGCGCGUGCGCAGCUCCCCCGGGGAGCGGCCGGGCCGUGAGGGCGUCCCGCCCCCGCUCCGCCCGGAGCGGCUCUGCGCUCGUGGGUUUAAAUCGCGUGAAGGAGUCGCUCUGUUCUUUCACGGGCUGCUCCCGGAUCGUUCUGGUCCCUGCAGCUCCCCGCUGCUGCCCGGCCCUGCAGGUGUUUGUGCUGUGGGGUAGUUUGUUGUCAAGGGGAACAACUGCGGCCACCGCUCACUUUCUUUGUUCGGACCAAUUUGAUUUCUUCUGUAUACAGAAAGGUUUUCUUGGUCCUAAUUUACUGAUUUAUGUUGGCCACGUGUAAUGGAGGGGGAAGUAUGGCUACAACAGGACAUUAAAGAGGAGUCAAUCACUAGGUGAAAGCAAUGGAAAGGGAAAACAAGGACUGCUUUGGGAAACGGAUUUCUCUGGUCUCUCUCAGGCACUAGGAAUCUGAUGGUAUGAGUACAUAUCAUUCUGGAUGAACGCCAAACAGCCUUUGGCUUAAAGAGACAGAAAAUCCAAAAACCUCAAAAUAACUUUAAAAAUAACCUCUGAAACUAUACUUGUAGUGUAAUGGAUCAUCAAUUUACAAAGAUAAUGUCAGAAUACCAAGAAAAUGCACCUACUGAGGGUUUAAGGAGUGUUACUGCUAUCUGUGACAUUCAGAUAAUGUAUCUUAAGGGAUGAUAACAUCAGCAAAUAAUAUGUAAAAACAUGCAGGCUCAGUCUCCUGGUUCUCUUUCCUUAGAUUAAAUUUUGAAGAUUUCAGCAUUCAUUUAUGUUCAUAAUGUCUCACUAGAACCUUUAUUCAGAAUAAACAUUGAUACUCUGUAUGUCCCACAUGGAUUUCUGCCAGGUGCAGUAAUAUGUCAAGGCUUUUCUUCUGCAAGGAAACGUUUGCCGUGUCACUACUCUCCUGUAUCUCCAUAUGGAGUUAGAGGUCCGGGCAUUAACCCAGGGAGUGUCCAGGCCAUCGACCACUGGGCUGCUGCAAGUCAGCUUUGCUGCAGCUGUACAGAAGAGCUGGAGUUCCUGAAAGGGACCUGCUGUGCAAGUGCAUAUGGACAGAAGUUUUCAGCUGCAAGCCAUGACUGCCCUUAGGUCAUCCAUAGCUCUGAUUAAACCAUGAAAAAGGAACACAAAGAGAUAUAAAUGAGGCAAAGAAAGUUUGGAUUUCUGAAAUUGCCCUGGAAAUUCAGCUCUCAGUAUUUACUAAUCCUGGAUAGAUGGAAUGUGCCGCAGGAAUGUUGUUAGGAUCACGCAUCACAUAACCAGUACAAAUAAACUUGUUUGUAUUG